AUGGCGCUUUUCCUCCGCCAAGUUUGGGCCCUCACCGUAAAGGAUCUGAGAAUCAUUCUCAUUGGGCCCUGGAUCUCUACGCCAAUCCGAGCGUUCCUAUUUCCCAUUUUGUUUGUUGUUUUUCUAUGUUACACUAAAAAUCUCUUCUCUCCUCCGACAGAGCAAGGCAUCGGGCAGCCGCACAAGAUCAGAUCUCUUUCAGACGCCCUGAGUAAUGCUUCCGGCGGUCGAGAACAACUCGUCUUCGUAGACAAUGGUUUCCGCGCUGGAGAGAUUGAACAAGUUAUUUCAAGUCUCAUGGUCUCCAUCAAUAGCACGGAAAUCGAGAUCAGCGUGUUGAAAAGCGAAUCAGAACUGCUGGCCCAAUGCCAGAGCGCAAGCAGCGGGUCAUCAAAAUGUAUCGCGGCAGCCACAUUUCACUCGUCGCCAUCCGAGGGCGAGAGUGGCAGAUGGAACUAUACCAUUCGCGCUGACGGCUCGCUCAAAGGUGGCCCAAAUGCCCAGUCAGAGGACAAUGAUGCCCAAAUUUACACGUUGCCAUUGCAGCGCGCCAUCGAUCUGGCCAUUGCUGGUCACAUGCAGUCAACGUCUCAAGUUGUAUCUGAGAUUCCAUUUACCUCAAUGACUAAUGAGGACCAGAGACGGCUAAUACAUGAAGGGUUCAUGGACAGAAUCGACAGGAUACUGUCCAUUGCCUACUUUAUUGCCAUGGUUGGGGUUCUAUAUCAGCUAGCUGGACGUGUCGCGACGGAGAGAGAGAUUGGCAUGGCACAGCUCCUUGACACAAUGAUGCCCAACACUCGCCGCUGGGAGACCCAGGCUGCACGUUUGCUGUCCCACCUUGUCGCCUUUGUAUUCGUGUACGCGCCAGCCUGGAUCGCCAUAGGCGCCGUCAUCGGAGCCAUGUCUUUCACGAACACGUCCAUCAUAAUCCCGAUCUUGUCCCAUCUACUGACUGGAAUCUCGCUCACUGCAAACGGUCUCUUCUUUGGCUGCUGCUUUCAAAAGUCACAGAUGAGUGGUUUCACGGCAGUCAUCGUGAGCGUGAUUCUGGCAGUUGGUGCCCUUGUCUCUGGAGACAUUGCAACUGGCUGGAUCAUCUUCUUGUCCCUCUUAUUCCCCCCAAUGAACUAUAUGUACCUUCUCAAGUUGACCGCGAGAUGGGAAAGCCAUGGCCAAGCUGCUAACGUUGUCGCUUCUCUCCCGUCAGGCCACCCCAACAUGCCCAUACUCGUAUUCUGGAUCUUUGCCGUCGUUCAUAUAGUCACCUAUGUCCUUGGAGGCGGCUUCGUCGAGAAGUUCUCCUGGGGCACUGCAUCCAGCCAGCGUACAGUCCAGCCACCAGACCUUGCAGUUGCUGUCCGGCUACGCCAGUUCACAAAAACAUAUAGCGCAAGCAUUCUGCAGAAGUUUUUCAGCUUCUUCACUCGGACACUGCCGGAAGACUUUACGGCCGUCGAACAGCUCAGUCUGGAGGUAGUUCGAGGAGAGAUCAUGGUACUUCUAGGCGCCAACGGCAGCGGCAAGUCUACGACCCUUGACUCCAUCGCCGGAUUGCUAGCGCCCACCUCUGGAUCGAUCGAUUUAAGCUUCUCCUCGACUGGGGCGUCUUUCGGUCACUGCCCCCAGAAGAAUGUCCUGUGGGAGGAGCUUACGGUCCGCCAGAACAUUGCGAUAUUCGACAGCAUCAAGUCCAUGUCAAAGAAGUCGCCUCAAGAGCAGCUGGAAGAACUGAUUGAAGCUUGUGACUUGGCGAAGAAGGCGUCGUCCAAGGCCGGAUCACUAUCUGGCGGUCAGAAGCGCAAGUUGCAGCUGGCGCUCAUGUUUGCUGGAAACUCAACAGUGUGUUGCGUGGACGAGGUGUCCUCGGGCGUCGAUCCAUUGUCACGUAGAAAGUUAUGGGACAUUCUGCUGCGCGACGCGGGUCAGAGGACCAUUCUUCUCACUACCCACUAUCUAGACGAGGCAGACUUCCUUGCAGACCGGAUCGCUAUGCUAUCACAUGGUGUGCUCAAAGUGAGUGGAACGCCGGUCGAGCUGAAAGAACGCCUUGGGACAGGAUAUAAAAUCAGAGUUCAUGACGGUUUGGUAACGAACAGGUCUCAAUCACACGGCGAUACGACCGACAACCCUGAGCGCGUUUUUACUACCGGCAAUCCGCAGAAUACUUGUCGCUUGCUAAAAAAGCUAGAGGCUCAGGGAGUAUCGGACUACCAAGUAGACGGGCCAACUCUGGAAGAUGCCUUUCUAAAAGUUGCUAGCGAGGAUUCCUGGCCACAGCCGACUUCCCUACAAACUACGGAAGAAGUCCAUCGAUCGACGGAAGCAUUUGUGAAUGAAACGCAUGAACCGAGCCCCAAGCAGGGAAACAUGUCCGCUCUACACAGCGGUCGAAAGACCACGAUACUCACGCAAAUGAAGAUUUUGCUCUACAAGCGCUUCACCCUUUUCCGAAGGAACCCCAUAUUACACUUGGCCUCUAUGCUGAUUCCUAUCGUUGCGGUGUCCUGCUGCACCAUCUUCCUUCGGAAUCUCUCUGUCGCGAGCUGUGCACCCGAUGAUGCCGCACAGGGUCCAGCUACUGAUGCUUCUCUUUCAAUCAGCGACAUGCGGUUCAUCGCAGGUCCCAAAGACAGAGUGUCAACCGAUGGCAUUGGAAGGGCUCUUGGUGGUCAGCCACGCGAAGUCAUCAUGGUCGACACCUUGGCCGAGUUGCAUGACAAGGUCAGAGUUGAGUUUCGCAACUUGACAGGAGCCAUUUACCUGGGCGAUGAACCUACCUUUGUCUGGCUUGCGGAAGAGUCGCCUGCAUUCGGCCAUGUUACUCAAAACCUAAUCGACAACCUUCUGCUGAACGAGACCAUCGCGAGCACCUUUGAACCCCUAAUGACGCCUGAUACCGGCGAUACAGGCAGUCUCAUCAUAUUGACGACCAUCUGCGGUCUGGCCAUGGCAGUCUAUCCUGCUUUACUCGGCCUAUAUCCUGUAUUUGAAAGACUCAAGGGUAUCCGAGCCAUGCACUACAGUAACGGAAUUCAAGCUCUUCCUCUCUGGCUUGCUUACUUGACCUUUGACUUCUUCGUCACUCUAGUAGUCAGCACCAUCGCCGUCAUAGUCUUGAGCGCAUCAACGAGCGUGUGGUAUCACCUUGAGUAUCUGUUUGUCGUCUUCUUACUGUAUGGGGCUGCCUCAACCUUAUCGUGUUACGUCCUGUCUCUGUUCGUCUCAUCUCAACUUGACGCAUUCGCGAUUGGCGCCUCAGUGCAAGCAGCGGCAUAUUUCAUCUUCUUUGUGGCGAAUACGAUUACCUUCUCUACCAAUACGGACCCAUCGUCUCUCAAUUCGACUCUGAGCAUUAUAUUCUAUUCCCUUGGGUUCCUUACUCCUGCCUUUAGCAUGACCCGAGCUCUUUACGUCUCCCUCAACAUGUUUGGGAUUGCCUGCCAAGACGACCAUUUGGCCAGUUACCCUGGAAGUAUCGGUGUCUAUGGUGGACCGAUACUCUAUCUCUGCCUCCAAUCAAUGUCUCUGUUUGGUCUACUGUUCUGGAAGGAGGCAGGGUACACCCCCCAGCUUCCAAUCAAUCUUCGGCCAAGCGCGAAGCGUCUAAGUGAUGAGGAAGGGAUGGAGUUGAGUUCUCAUGCGUCACAUAGCAAUGUGUACUGGUCAAACGACACAACCUGCCUCGAGGCUAUCCAUCUACAAAAAGACUUUGGAAAGUUCACUGCUGUCGACGAUGUGACACUUGCCGUGCCAAAGAGUACUUGCUUUGCCCUCUUGGGUCCCAACGGUGCCGGCAAGACGACCUGCAUCUCCAUGAUAAGAGGUGAUGUGGCCCCGAGCAGUCGGAACACUGAGAUCAUAGUCGACGGCUCAUCCAUCCUCAAGCAUCGUCAGGAAGCGAGAUCUAAGCUCGGCGUCUGUCCUCAGAUUGAUCCACUCGACAACAUGACCGUCAUGGAACACCUCCGCUUCUACGCCGACGCCCGCGGCCUGCAAGACCCAAUGCACAACAUUAACACGCUGCUGCGCGGUCUUGGCUUGUCUGAAUUCAGCAACCGCAUCGCCACCAAGCUGUCGGGCGGGAACAAGCGCAAGCUCUCCCUGGGCAUCGCACUCAUGGGCAACCCUUCCGUGCUGCUCCUAGACGAGCCUUCUUCGGGAAUGGACGCCCUGAGCAUGCGUCUCAUGUGGCGUGUGCUGGCCGGAGUCACGCCAGGGAGAGCGCUCGUGCUCACGACGCACUCGAUGGAGGAGGCGACUGCUCUGGCCAGUCACAUCGGCAUCGUCGCCCGGAAGAUGCUCGCGCAAGGGUCUGCAGAGGAGCUGAGGCAAAAGUACGGUGGCGGGUACGUCGCUCAAAUCCUACACGAUGACGCUCCCCACACCAGGGCAGACGAUAUGGCAGCCAUCUGGGCGUGGAUGGUGGGCACCUUUCCCGGCGCCAGAAAUCUGGACCGAGGGGUACAGAGGCGGGGACAGAUGCGUGUUGAAAUUCCGAUGUCGACUGCCCGUGGACUACAGAGGUCGCUGGCCGAGAUCAUGGAGAGUAUGGAGCUGGGGAAGAGAGCUCUAGGAAUCCGGUAUUAUAGUCUGAGCAGGACCACGCUCGAUCAUGUCUUUUUUACCGUCGUGGGAGAACACGAGGAGUAG